GCGGAGCUCUGCGCGUGGCUCUAGCGGCUCCAGCGGCGCGGGCGGUCCCGGGCGGGCCAGGAUGGGCGGGCGGCCGCGCGGGGGACGCGGGGAGCGCGCGAGGUGAUCGCCGGGACUCGAACCCCCCACCCCCGCCCCGCCCGGCCGCGCCGGCUCCAGGGUCUGCUCCCGGGGCGCGGACGCGGGGGCGGCGGCAGAGUCCGAGCCAGAGCAUGCGGGACGCGGCGCGGACGGCCUGGGGGCGCGCGGGGCAGCUGUGGCCGCGGCCCCUCGCCCAGGGCCCGCUCCCGCCGUCGCCGCCGCAGCCGUUGCUGCUGCUGACCGCGCUGCUGGCGGUGCUCCUGGGCGGCGCGGGCGCGCAGUACUCCAGCGACCUGUGCAGCUGGAAGGGGAGCGGGCUGACGCACGAGGCACACAGGAAGGAGGUGGAGCAGGUGUAUCUGCGCUGUGCGGCCGGCACCGUGGAGUGGAUGUACCCUACAGGCGCACUCAUCGUGAACCUGCGGCCCAACACCUUCUCGCCUGCCCGGCAUCUGACUGUGUGCAUCAAGCCUUUCAGGGACUCCUCGGGGGCCAAUAUUUAUUUGGAAAAAACUGGAGAGCUGAGACUGCUUGUGCGGGACGGAGACGGCAGGCCUGGCGGCGUGCAGUGCUUCGGCCUGGAGCAGGGCGGCCUGUUCGUGGAGGCCACGCCGCAGCAGGACAUCGGCCGAAGGACCACGGGCUUCCAGUACGAGCUGAUCAGGAGGCACAGGGCGUCGGACCUGCACGAGCUGUCGGCCCCCUGCCGCCCCUGCAGCGACACCGAGGUGCUCCUGGCCGUGUGCACCAGCGACUUUGCCGUUCGAGGCUCCAUCCAGGAAGUCACCCAUGAGCCGGAGCGGCAGGACUCGGCCAUCCACCUGCGCGUGAGCAGACUCUACCGGCAGAAAAGCAGGGUCUUUGAGCCGGUGCCCGAGGGUGACGGCCACUGGCAGGGACACGUCCGGACGCUGCUGGAGUGUGGCGUGCGGCCGGGGCACGGUGACUUCCUCUUCACCGGUCACAUGCACUUUGGGGAGGCGCGGCUGGGCUGUGCCCCACGCUUCAAGGACUUCCAGAGGAUGUACAGGGAUGCCCAGGAGAGGGGGCUGAACCCUUGUGAGGUUGGCAUGGACUGACCUGGGGUCCUCGGGGCGCUGCCUCCCUCUCUGAUGAGCCACAGGCUGCAGUGGGUGCUGGAGUCCUGGUGGGGGCCAGGUGUCCGGGGCCCAGACCUGACCCUGGCGCCCAAGCUGGAAGUGCUUGCCACACUCAGCCCUGUGAGCUGCCAGCCAUGGACGCCCUGGCCGAUUGGAAAUGCUGUAAAAUGCAAACUAAGUUAUUAUAUUGUUUUUUGUAAAAAAAGAAAUGUGCAUAGGAAACCGUCCUGUGUC